GCGGAGUGCAUCAGGGUGGUCACCGCGUUGGAAGAUGCUCAAAGGCCCGCACCGCACGCUGCCGACACUGAGGAUGUUGACACGGAGCCGGAGAUUGGGACCCAGGAGUAUGACCAGAUGGUCCGCGAAGCAUCCCAGAACAUGGAGGACAUCCCUGAAGCUGAG